AUGUUACUCAAGUUCUUCUCUCUCACUUAUCUACUGGUGACCACUAGAGCGGUGAUCAGCCCAGGUUCGCUGAAUUCUGAUCUUUCAAUUCUUAUUCAAAAUGACUUACAAGAAAAUGAAAGCCCAUGGGCCGGGUCGGGCGUCUUGCUUCUGGACCCGAUGCCCCUGAAAAAGGCAAUCCAAAGUUGCCAGAGCCUCGGAGAGAGACUUUGGUCCAUUAAAGCAGGAUUCUCUGAUAUUGAAAACGAUCUAAAGUAUCUAGUCUAUCAGAAAGAUAAAAAGAAGAGCCAGCGAUAUUGGAUUGCCUCCGCACACGGCACACCGUCAACAAUAGACGUCAACGGCAAAGUGAAGAAAGCUUCCUCCGACGAGAAUUUACCAGUUCUCUGCACCCAGACUGCCCCCUACUCUACCCUUACCUUUCAAGAUGUCAAUCCGUCGUGGCAGAUUGCUGUUCGCUCGAAUAACGAGUACAUCACUGGAUUCCGCGAUCACUUGAGUUUCCGCUUCCUCGGUAUCCGAUAUGCAGAUCCCACGAAAAGAUGGAAGUAUUCGAAAUUGCACAAAGGAGCAAAUACCAUGGUCUCCGCUUUGAACUACGGGUCUACUUGUCUGGAAUCGGAAGACUGCUUCUUCCUCAACGUCUGGACACCCUAUCUGCCCCGUUCUGAACACUCCCCGAAGAAGAAACUCAAACCAGUCAUGUUCUGGAUACAUGGUGGCGCCUUCACAAGUGGAUCAGGCAGUGAUACCCUAAUGGAUGGAAGUAACCUCGCAUCAAGAGGUGAUGUCGUGGUGGUGACUAUCAACUACCGACUGGGCACACUUGGAUUCCUGGCUCUGGAUGACGGAGAAACAAACGGCAACUAUGGUCUUGCAGACCAAAUCACUGCUCUCGAGUGGGUUCGCAAGAAUAUUCGGGACUUCGGAGGCGAUCCUGACCGAAUCACUAUAUUUGGUCAGUCGGCCGGGGCUGGGUCCGUAAGGGCUUUACUCGCAUCUCCUCGAGCUCGGGGCAAAUUUGCCGGCGCGAUUAUGCAAAGUAACCUUGGUGGUCUGGGGUAUGGGACGACGUAUUCCAAGUACUACACAAUUGCGGAGGAGAUGGAGGCUGUGGGGAAGGACAUAUUGACCCUGACGAACUGUACGAAUGUUGAUUCACCGGUUGAAUGUCUGAGAGCGCUUCCUGCAGCCACCAUUGCGGGUCUUGAUGCAGUAGCAAGAUAUCUCGUUGUGGAUGGGAAAUAUCUUGAGACUUCGCAAUUAGAUCUGACACAUCCCGAGGCAACGGCAAAUGUGCCUCUCAUGAUCGGCACGAUGAGAGAUGACGGAGCUGCGAUGAUUGGGUACCCCACGGCGAAUGAGACCAUUCAAACAUUCUUGAAUAGUUACGGGAUUCCGUCAACCGUUCUCAGUGACUCAGAACUAUUUCCAGUCCCUUCCACUUCGAACAAAACGCUCGACAUUUUCAACACCACGGCCCACAUCGCCACGGAUGGCAUAUUCCGCUGCGUUGAUCAAGCCACUGGAUAUAGCGGUUUCGAAAAUGGAAUCUUUCCAGAGGUGUUUUUCUAUGAAUUUAAUCGAUCAUAUCAAAUGCCAGAUUGGUCCCCCAACGCGCCAGUAUGCGAGGCACCCAUCACAUCUCGGUACCCCCACGGCGACCCAAGUCAGGAAUACUUCAAGUGUCAUUCGGGAGAGUUGUACUAUGUCUUUGGCAACCUUUUGAGGCAGGGACGUCCCCUGCGUGAUCAAUUCGAUCUUCCAUUUGAGCAGUAUGUACUAGAUCUGUGGACAAGCUUUGCUCGGACUGGUCGGCCGACUCCGGAUUUGGGAUUUCUUGAGGCGAGAGGAUAUGUCAAUACUACUCGACAGAUUGAGUUGGCGGGGGAAUGGAUGCCAUUUAGACAUGGAGACUAUCGACUGCAUCGUCUGCAGUUUCCCUCUAAAAUGGUGGAUUUGGAUGAAAGGGAGCAAUGUGAGGCUCUGCAGUUACCUCUGACAUACUAUGAGUCUACCUAG